GCGCAAAGUCUCGGCAGGAUAACAAAACUCCCAAGUUUUCAUUUAUUUGCAGCAGCGAGUUUCAUUACCACACGCUUAAAGCUAAUUUAGUCAGCAGUAUCGCAUCACACCAGCGUAGAUUAAUCAUGUCGGACGUCGUCGUGCCAUCCUUCUUCCCGACGCCUACCGAGAUCGCUGGAGGCAUCCGCUGGGUCAAGCAGCACCCCGUCGUGGCCACAGCCGCCGCCGCAGCAGCCACCGCCGUGAGCGUGUUCACGUACCUGAAAGCAGCAGCAGCCGAGGACGAACACGACCUGAAGUUAGCAGUUCUCAGCCCCCGCAAGGAGGACGAAGCCGAUGACCUGUGCAGCAGCACAGAGAGCGACGCGUCCACCCCAUCAAGAGGCCGCACGUUGAGUCCUCGCGAUCUCAGUUUCGGAGAGUUAGAUGCCGAAGCGGAGAACGAGAUGGAGACGGACGUAGCAGUGGAGAACAGUGAGCUGGAGGCAGCGUUGCAAGAGGCAGACGGAGAGACUGUGUCUCCACAGUGGGGAUGGUAUGUCUCCACCACGCCACCCGAAGACUAUUACCAUUGAUCUGCAAUUCCUCCAUCAUCAAGUGCCGUUUAAUUUUGACCCAACUCAGCGUUGCGACGGACUCCCCCCUUAUGCGGUGAACUCAAGAGCUGCUACACUCCCAGACAGCUUCUUUAAUUUGCCAGACGGAGGAGAAAUGUUUCUCUUCUCCAAGCGGGUGGCUUUGCCCACCCAUUCAUCUAUUUGUCCUAAUAUAUUGAGUCCUCACACCGCCAA